AUGCACCCGCGUAGCUCCAGCAACAAGUACACUGCGGACACGGAUGAUGAUCUCUCUCUUUCCUCGGAUUCGGAGGACGAAGAGGAAGACGACGAGGACGACGAUGCGAGCGAGGCUGGGAGUCGGAGCACUGUCGCGCCGGAUGAUGAAGCGUCUCUGAUUGCCAACAUGACGCUUUCGCUAUCCAUGACAGCAGACCAAUUGGCCACACACUUGCCCAAGGCCCAUCGCGGCUCUGGGUCGACAGCCACCAAGUCAAGCAAUCGGCGACGGCUGGCAGAAGAGUGUCGCCUUCAGCUCACACAAGUCCUUGGUCCUGGACGGUUGGCUGCCUUGGACCAGCUCAUUGAAGCAGCAGCACGCGCUCACGAUGUGCCGCACGAGGAUGACCUCAAGCAUGAGCUGGGCCAUGAAUACUCGACGCAUGCCGAGCUGGUAAACAUUCGAGUCAAUGCAGAACAGGGGGUCGACCAGUGUACGCAUAUUGGUUCUGGUGGCAACGACAAGGCCGGCGUUGGCCAGGCCGCGGCGAAGUGGCUCUGCGAACAGGCAGAGGCAGCCAUCGCUGACCACCAAAGCUUCAGCGUUGCCUUUAGCGGUGGCAGCCUACCCUCUAUCCUGGCGAGUGGCUUGACUGAUGAUUUGGUGAAGCGCUGCCAGCCCGACAAGUGGCAGGUCUACUUUGCUGAUGAGCGCCUGGUGGCACACGACGAUGAUGAGUCCAACUACAAGGAAGUCCGCAAAACCUGCAUGGCCAAGCUGAACAUCAAGCCAGAGCAGGUGCAUGCGAUUGACGCCGGCUUGCCCGUGGAGCAGGCAGCAGCGGCCUACGAGGCAGACAUGAAGGCCAGCUUGGGCUCGGAGGGCCGGCUAGACGUUGUCCUGUUGGGCAUGGGGCCGGACGGCCACACCUGCUCCCUCUUCCCCGAGCAUCCACUCUUGCAAGAGCAGGACAAGCUGGUGGCAUCCAUCUCUGACUCUCCCAAGCCGCCGCCACAGCGCAUCACGUUGACUUUCAAGGCGCUCAGCCAUGCAGGUCAAGUGGCUUUCAUCACGGCGGGUGAUGGCAAAUCAGAGGUGCUACGCUCAGUGCUGAUGGAUGGCGACUGCCAGCUACCCGCCUCCAUGGUACGAAGCGCUACAGGUUUGCCCCUCUGGUUUGUGGAUAAGGGCGCAGCUGCAAAGCUAUGAAAAUUUGCCGCGAGCAAGGCUGUAUGUGACAUCAACUCCAGCACAUGGCUCAAAAAGAGCAUGAAUUGAGUUGAAGCGU